CCCUCAACUUUCAUUUUUGGACUAAAACUACCCUCAAACUUCAAAAAGUACUAAAAAAAUCCUUGAACUUCAAUUUUCGGGACCAAUUUCGUCCUUCCGUCGACGGAAGUGCCAGAUGGCACGUUAAAUUGCCACGAAAUCAAUUUUUGUUUGAAAUAUUUAAUUACGUGGAAAAUAACUUAAUCCACGUCAUUUUAAUUAAUUUAUAUAUUAAAAAUUUUAAAAUUUCAUAAAUACCCCCAUUUUCAUCUUCCAUCACCUCUUGUCUCUCUCUAUCCUCAGAUGUUUUCUCAUCUUGCAACCCAAUCAACACCAAUCAUCCCUCAUUGCUCCGAUCUCCGAUCACCAUCUAGAUCUGUAAAGAAAACACAACAUUCCUUCAAUUAACAUCGACAAUAACUAGAUCUGGAAAUUCAAGCAAUCAGAAGCAACACAAAACUCUAAAUCUCAUUCAAGCAUGAUUGCAAGCCAACAAAGAAACACAACAAAAA